GACAGGGACAGACCUCAUGGCGGUGCUGUAGUUGGUUGGUUCAAUAACCUUAAACAUAUAACUGCAAAACACACAAACCAACCUUAGAUUCUUCUCUAACCAUUAUCACAUGAAAAAACAGCAUUCGAACAGAUAUUCAUAUCUCUCUGUGUGAGGAGCUGUUUGUCGCCAACUUUAAAUUAUUUAGUUGCCCAAUUAACACUUUCAUCGUCAUAUGCUAAAAAGCUUCAAACUUUAAAGCUAAGGAAAAAGAAAGAUUAAAAAAUUAAAAAAGAAGAAAAAAAGAAAAGCACACUGGGAAAGAAGAAAGCAGCGAGAAAAAAUUGAUCUUGGGUUUUGGGUGGAAAUUGAAAUGGUGAAGCUAGUUAGGGUUUAUCAGUGCAUCCUCGGCUUCUUCCUCGUGAUCUCUGUCUUUGCAUCCAUCUAUCCAGGUCUUUCAUGACAUACUAGUAGUUCAGAGUUUGGUUGGUGGCAUAAGAGUUUGACGCCGGCAUUUAUUUUAGCACUUCCCUUCUGCUUAUUGUACAACAUAAAAAGAUGGCAGCUGAGCUAGUCAAUGCUGCAACGAGUGAGAAACUGGCUGAAACUGAUUGGAUGAAAAAUAUUGAAAUCUGUGAAUUGGUUGCUCAUGAUAAAAGGCAAGCUAGAGAUGCUGUUAAAGCUAUAAAAAAAAGGCUGGGUAACAAGAACCCCAAUACUCAACUUUAUGCAGUCAUGUUGCUGGAAAUGUUGAUGAACAAUAUUGGAGAUCAUAUUCAUGAGCUGGUGAUUGAUACAGGAAUUAUUCCCAUUCUUGUGAAAAUUGUGAAGAAAAAGUCAGAUUUACCUGUAAGGGAGCGGAUAUUUCUCCUACUAGAUGCCACACAAACAUCCCUUGGUGGUGCUUCUGGAAAGUUUCCACAGUAUUAUAAUGCAUAUUAUGAUUUGGUGAAUGCUGGGGUGCAGUUUCCUCAAAGGGCUCAAGCGGUCCAAUCAAAUCGUCCUAAUCCGCAGCCUAAUAGGACUAAUAAUGUACUGAAUAGGGAGCAAGACCCGCCUAGACAUGGAGGGGCUGCUCAGCAAGCAGAGACCGAGACUGUUCCUGAAUCUAGCAUUAUUCAAAAAGCUAGUAAUGCAUUAGAAGUUCUAAAAGAAGUUCUUGAUGCUGUUGAUGCCCAACAUCCUCAGGGAGCAAGAGAUGAAUUCACCCUUGACCUUGUUGAACAAUGUUCAUUUCAGAAGCAAAGGGUAAUGCAUCUUGUGAUGGCUUCUCGAGAUGAGAGGAUAGUUUCUCGAGCAAUCGAAUUAAAUGAGCAGCUUCAGAAAGUUCUUACAAGACAUGAUGACCUUCUUUGUGGCAGAGCUACAACAACAACUGCUAAUCACCUUGGCCAUGAAGCAGAGGAGGAAGAAGAAGAAGAACCUGAACAGUUAUUCCGAAGAUUACGCAAAGGAAAAGCUUGUGCAAGAGCUGAAGAUGAAGAGACUGAAACUGAGAUCCCUCACUUGGGAUUGCUUGAAGAGAGACUCAACCGUCCACUAAUAAGACCACUCUCUUUGGAGCCUCAUCAUCAUCAUGCAGCUGCUGCAAUUCCUCUUCCUCCAAGUGCAAAACAGAAUGGGGAGGUUCUUCAUGUGGCAAUUCCACCACCACCUGCAAAGCACAUUGAGAGGGAGAGAUAUUUUCAGGAAAAUAAGAAGGAUGGUAAUACUUUGGCUGGCCACAUUAGAGGCCUUUCCUUACAUAGUCACAAUGGAAGCAGCUCUCACAGUGGAAGCUUUGAUUUUAGUGAAUAGAUUUCUUUCACAAAAGGACCUCUUUUUGCCUUUCAAAUUUGGUGUUCGGAAUUAAAGUAUGUUACAUGUUGUUGAUUUUUCAUUUAGUCCUUUUUUUGUUUUUUUGUUUUUGUGUGUUUUGGGGGUAGGGACUUGUACAUCUUACUCAGUUCGUAAAAUGCAUGUAAUCAAGGAGCUUUAUGGGAUCAUAUGCCAUAACCUGAGGUUUUGUACGUUCCAGCCUUACAGGUGCAAGUGUGAUACUGAUAAUGCUUUUUCUUUUGUAAUUUGUAGGGAAUGAUUAUAUGUUCUUAACUCCACUUAAAAGUUUGUUUUUGUGCAG